GAGCUAACUCUGAACGUUCUAGCGUGCUUUUGGCUCCAGAGGCACUAUUACGUGGGUCCGUGCUCCAAGCUCGCUCAAGGCAACUCACAGAUUACGGAAGGCAUUCGGUGACACCUCCAACCCCAAACAAACGACUACAGCAGCGACGAUUCGACUCUCUUCGAACAUAGAUUACCCACCAGCACCUUCGUAAUCACUGAACUCUUACAUCAAAAACCCGCAACACUAUUAUACGAUUGGAGAGCUGCGGUCCUCAUCAUGCCUUCCGCAACCGGCUCCAACUGGGAAAAGUACCAGAAGAACUUCGCCGACGAUGAGAUAGAAGAGAAGAAGAUUACACCUCUAACAGACGAGGAUAUCCAGGUUCUCAAGACCUACGGUGCUGCGCCUUAUGGUACAUCUAUCAAGAAGCUCGAGAAGCAGAUCAAGGAGAAGCAACAAAGUGUCGAUGAGAAGAUCGGCGUCAAGGAAUCCGACACAGGGCUCGCACCUCCCCAUCUAUGGGACGUCGCCGCCGACCGUCAGCGAAUGUCUGAAGAGCAACCUUUCCAGGUGGCACGUUGCACAAAAAUCAUAGCUGACGAGAAGGGCGAUGAGGCCAAGAGCAAAUAUGUGAUUAACGUCAAGCAAAUCGCAAAGUUCGUUGUCCAGCUUGGAGAGCGCGUCAGUCCUACCGAUAUAGAAGAAGGCAUGCGCGUGGGUGUCGACAGGAACAAGUACCAAAUUAUGCUUCCCCUACCGCCCAAAAUCGAUGCGAGCGUUACGAUGAUGACAGUGGAGGAGAAGCCCGAUGUCACCUACGGCGAUGUUGGUGGUUGCAAGGAGCAGGUCGAGAAGCUACGAGAAGUUGUCGAAAUGCCUCUACUGUCCCCUGAGCGUUUCGUCAACCUCGGUAUUGAUCCCCCCAAGGGUGCCCUACUCUACGGUCCUCCUGGAACCGGAAAGACCCUCUGUGCCCGAGCUGUUGCCAAUCGAACAGACGCCACCUUUAUCCGAGUUAUUGGUAGUGAGCUCGUUCAGAAAUAUGUCGGUGAGGGCGCAAGGAUGGUUCGAGAGCUGUUCGAGAUGGCCCGUACAAAGAAGGCAUGCAUCAUUUUCUUUGACGAGAUUGACGCCAUCGGUGGUGCUCGAUUUGAUGAUGGUGCUGGUGGAGACAAUGAGGUUCAGCGAACUAUGCUGGAGCUUAUUACGCAGCUCGACGGUUUUGACGCUCGAGGAAACAUCAAGGUCAUGUUUGCCACCAACAGACCCUCUACAUUGGACCCUGCCCUGAUGCGACCUGGUCGUAUCGAUCGAAAGAUCGAGUUCUCCCUGCCCGACCUUGAGGGUCGUGCUAACAUUCUUCGCAUCCACGCUAAAUCCAUGUCGGUUGAGCGGGAUAUCCGCUGGGAGCUCAUCUCUCGUCUCUGCCCCAACGCAACGGGUGCCGAGCUGCGCAGUGUUUGCACUGAGGCCGGCAUGUAUGCCAUCCGCGCAAGGAGAAAGGUUGCAUCUGAAAAAGACUUCCUCAGUGCAGUUGACAAAGUCAUCAAGGGUAACCUCAAGUUCAAUUCGACGGCGACGUAUAUGCAGUACAACUAGACAUACUCACCAUAGGGCACGGUGUAUUUUAAUGCGGUGUAUGAAUACAGGGCAAUUGGAUGGCGGGAAUAUAGACGUCACAAUGAACAAAUUGCUUUUA